AUGAGUGGUGCUUUAAAGGACCUCAAUUGUUCAAUCAUUCAGUCGGCCUCAGCCAUCUGGCCUCAAUCAUCCGGCAUUAGCAAUUCGGCCUCAAGUGUUCGACUUCAACCUCAGCCAUUCGACCUCAAGUAUUCGGCUUCGGCCAUCCAGCCUCGACCAUCCGACCUCAAUUAUUCGACUUCGAGGAUCUGGCCUCAACAAUUCAACCUCAAGUAUUCGACCUCGACCAUCCAGCCUCAGCAUUCGACCUCAAGUAUUCGGCUUCGACUAUCCGGUCUCGGCCAUCCAGUCUUAGCCAUUCGACCUCAAGUAUACGAAUUCGGCCUUUCGGUCUCGGCCAUCCGGCCUCAGCAAUCCGGCCUCAAGUAUUCAGCUUUGGCCAUCCAGAUUAGCCUUUUAUCCUCAAGUAUUCGGCUUCGGGGAUUCGGUCUCGACCAUUCGGCCUCAGCCAUUCAGCCUCAUCCAUUUGGCCUCCGCCAUUCGACCUCGGCCAUCCGGCCUCAGCUAUUCAGCCUCAAGUGUUUGACUUCGACCAUCUCGCCUCGACCAUAUGGUCUCGGCCAUCCGGCCUUAGCCAUUUGGCCUCAAGUAUACGGCUUCGGCCGUUUGGUCUCGGCCAUCGGGCCUCAGCCAUUCAGCCUCAAGUAUUUGGCUUCGGCCAUCCGGCCUUAG